AUGAAGUACUCAAAGAACCGCCUAACAGAGAAGGGAGGUGAAGGAGCUGGUCCUUCUAAACAUACAGGCGGGUCCAUCACACAUGAGGCGCAUGCUAGACGCAUACAAAAUGCUAACACUGACAACGUUCCUCCAACAGCGACUGAGUUGUUUCUCCACACCUAUAUAAAGAAGAGUGAUCGCAACAAAUUUGUUGAUAAACUAGCUGAAAUUGUUUAUCGGGAGGAUGGCAAGGAAGUCGAGUUUUUUGGAUUAGGUAGUGCUGCCUCUUCUGCCUUCUCUCAAACAGGAACCAGGGGAAUAUCAACAAAUGUUCCAUCAUCCCAAUCACCAAAAUGGAAGAAAGAAAUUGAAGCAAAGUUUAAAGAGAAGUAUAAUAGUUUGCAGAAACUUGUAGAGGACCAAAAUCAGAUGAUAGCUCAAAUGCGUGAUGAACUACAGGCAGCGAAGAUGGGACAACAGGUAGAUCCACAAAAGAUCAAAAAUAUUCUUGAAUGGAAGCCACUAAAGAAUGUUGCAGAGAUCAGGAGUUUCUUAGGUCUAGCUGGGUACUAUAGACGGUUUGUGAAAGAGUUUUCACUUAUAGCAGCUCCGGAUGUUAAGUAUGUUUUGGAUGAUAGAUGUCAUGAAAGAUUUGACGUAUUAAAGACUAUGCUCACUGAAGAACCUACACUUAAACAACCUAUUUCUGGCAAGGAAUUUGUGAUCUACAGUGAUGCUUCUCACAAUGGACUUGGAUGUGUUUUGAUGGAAGAAGAUUAUCACCCAGACAAAGCUAAUCUAGUAGCAGAUGCACUCAGCAGAAAAUCCUUAUUUGCAUUAAGAGCAAUGAAUACACAGUUGACUAUAGCAAAUGAUGGAACUAUUAUAGCAGAAUGA